UCAAAUUAAAAUUCUUUAAAACACAUGGUGAUUAUUAUUAAAAUUAUAAACAAAUAAUUUGUAUAUAAAAGAAAUACAAUAAUUAAUAUAAAAAUUUGUAACUUGUGUGGAAAUGUGACUUUGUUGUUCUUAUCUUAAAAAAAUAAUAAAUUAUAAGUGUAAAAUUAAAAUUCAGUAUUAAAAAAUUUGUAUUUUACGAUAUACAUACAUAUAAUUUUUAAAAAUAAUUUAUUAAAAUAACAAAUAAUAUUUAAGAAUAAUAAUAAAAGUAAUAAAAAAUUAGAAUACAAUCAUGUAUAUAGCAAAUUCAACAAGUCUGCUUUUGCAGACAAUGUUAUAUUUAUCAAAUCAAACUUCUAAAACCGCAUCAAAUGCAUUGAAUGAUUUUCCACCUGCUCUUAAAAGUGAAUUAAAUGAAGUUAGAUGUUUUGGAAUUUAUGGUUGUUUUCCAUUGACUGGACCAUUUACAACAAAUACACGUCAAAUAAAUGUUCAUCCACAACGGCCAUCAGAAAUUCAACCGCAUUUUCCAGUAUUUAAUAAAGAAAAUCCAGAAAAUCCAAAUUUUGUUGAUCUUAAGAAACCGACUGAUGUUACAAAAUUCGGUAUAAAUCCGUAUGCAAAAUUUUUUGUUAUUGUUCAUGGUUAUUUGGAGGCUGGUAAUAAACCAUGGAUGCUUGAUACUGCAAAAAAAUUAUUACGUGCAGAACCAGAUUGUUCUGUAAUGAUGAUUGAUUGGGGUGCAGGUUCACAUCCACCAUAUACACAAGCUGUUGCUAAUAUACGAUUAGUUGGUGUUAUGGCAGCACAUAUUAUACAUUUAAUUUAUGCUGAAACUGGUAUGAAAAAUUUAGAUCAGGUUCAUAUGAUUGGGCAUUCAUUAGGUUCACAUUUAUCUGGUUAUACGGGUACAGCAUUACAAAAAGAAUUUGGUUUAAAAUUGGGCCGUAUAACAGGUUUAGAUCCAGCUGCGCCAUUAUUCUCUGGUACUGAACCAAUUGUUCGCUUAGAUAGAAGUGAUGCAAAAUAUGUUGAUGUUAUUCAUACUGAUUCAAAUCCAUUAAUGAGUGGUGGUUUAGGUAUGAAUUCACCCAUUGGUCAUGUUGAUUUUUACCCAAAUGGUGGAUUCGAUAAUCCUGGAUGUGGUGGAAAUUUACAUGAACAUAUAACUGAUGAAAAAAGUUUCUUUACAAGUGUACGACAUUUUCUUGGUUGUAAUCAUAUAAGAAGUCAUCAAUUCUUUACUGAAAGUAUUACACCAAAAUGUGGCUUUAAUUCAAUUACAUGUGAUUCAUAUGAGAGUUUUAAGAGUGGAAAAUGUGAUAGGUGUGGCGAAAAUAAUAAUUAUUGUAUUAGAUUUGGCUAUAAUAGUUACAGAGAUUAUCAAAAAUUGUUAGAAAGAGGUGUUGUUAAUAAUAAUACAUUACUUAUGGCUUAUUUAUCUACAGCUAAGAGCAAACCUUUCUGCAGACAUCACUAUAAAAUCACAGUAAGAAUAUCAAAUUCAGAAGAAAGUAUAUUACAUGGUGGUGAAAUUGGUACAUUGUCGAUAAAAUUGCAUGCGAGAAAACGGCGUGAAACUGAAACGAUGCCAUUCUCAUCUUCACCACAAUAUUUUGAACCUGGAGAAGAAUAUGUAUCCGUUGUUCCGGGAAAAGAUAUUCAAAAUCCAACACAUGCUACAAUUACAUGGGAUUAUCAAACAAGUUUAUUAAAUCCGUUAACAUGGAGAAUAGUUUCAACACCACGAAUUUAUGUUGAUUUUAUAUUAAUAGAAUCAAUUGAAAAUCCUAAAUUUGAAAUGAAAUUAUGUCCACAAAUGGAUUCACCAAUAAUAUCUGGGAGUGAUAAUAUUUUAGAAAUAAAUAAAUGCAAAUUUUAAUAAUGUGGUUAAAAACUAAAAAUAUGUAAUAGAAAAUAUUUAUUAAAAAAAAAACGAACAAAAAUUUCGGAGAAAUUUGUUAUAUUAAAUUUUCAAUAAGAAUCAAAAGAAAUGGUUAUAUCCGAAAUACACCUUUUAUAAAUUUUAGUUAAUACACAAACCACAAAAUGCAUGCAUAUUUUUACUUAGAAAAUUUUCACCACCAAACUUGUUUCUGUGUGUUGAAAAGUAAGUUUAAAUUUUAUAUUGUCAAAAAUAAUUCAAUUCAAAAUACAGUGCCAUCUUGUGUUUAAAUUGACAUCUUCAACUAUUGUGAUUUUCUUUUAAGUAUUUAGUUUGUAGAACGUAGAUGUCGCGAUAAAAUAUUGAUUUGGUCGUUUAUUCACAUUUAAAUCGAUUAAAAUAUGAUUUUUGCAUUCAAAUAAUAAAAUUUUGAAAUUGUUUCAAUAAAAUAUUUAAAGAAAUAAAUGCAUUUUAUAAAGAAAUAUGUUGGAACCGCCAAUAAAAUCGAUUCAGAAGCGAAUAAACAAUUCAAAUUAGUUUAAGUAGCAAUAAUAUUUAAGUAUUCGAUUUUAUUUAAUUCUAAUUUUCAAUGCAAAAAAUUUUUUUUAUGUAUAAUGAAUGUAUGUAUACGUAUAAAAAUAUUUGUAUUAAAUUAUAUUUUGUUAUACAUAUAAUGUAAUAUAUAUGUAAAUUUGUACAUAUUAUAGUAGAAUCUCUAUGCAUAUAGAUAUCUAGCUUUAAUUUUAUAAAACUCAGAAGAGAAUUAACAUUGUAAAUAUUAUUCGCUAUACAUUUAAUUUUCAUUAACGUUUAACAUUACAUAAUAAUUAUUUUGUAAGUAUCAAUAAAUGCACUUAUAUUUCUAAGCAAAAUAAAAAUAAUAAUAAUGAUAUUAAUUAACACA